AUGGCAAGUUGCCAAUGUCAGUGUGAUACUUAUGCAGCAUGUCAGGUAAUUCAAAUUACAUAUAUUGUUGUGAAAGUGAUAGAGGAAAAACUUUUUCAGGCAUAUUUUUUCAAUAAAACGGCCAUGACUUGUGCUACCUAUGAUUAUACCAAAAUAAGUUCAUUUGUGCAGCUGUCCGUGACUGUUUCUCCAGCGACGGAAAUAUUAUCUUUCAAGGUUUGCCCAAAAACUUAACAGAGAACAGAACAUUUUUCAGACGAACAUCACAACUUGUUCAAAUUCUUUGGCCUCAGUUUAUUUUUCAAGUUAUUCGGGGACCUACAAAUACACCAAAACUGGGAAUGUUUGGAAAAUCCAAAAAGUUUGA